CUUCUCUCUCAUCAAUUACCUCUCUCAUCAUUCAUCAAACCCUCUCCAGAUCCGCUAGAUUGUGGUGAGCAAGGAAAAUUUGAGGAGAAUGACAAAUGAUGGUGUUGUCAAUUUCAAAAUACAUCAUGGGGGUACUUUUACAGAGGAAGGUGUUUUAACUUAUAUUGGAGGUGGCACUCAUUUUUUCGAAAUCUUGAUGUUGAUCGAUUAUCAUAUAUUGAGCUAGUUGGUAUGGCAAAAGAUGUAGGAUUCACCGAGGGUGAUAAAUUAUAUUACACCAUUCCUGGUUAUAGUCUUGAUAGAGGUAUAGAUCUAAUUCAUAAUGAUGAGUCUGUUAUGAGAAUGUUGAGGUUGCCAAAGCCGAAUGUGUUGCUUGAAAUUUAUAUUCAACAUGCUGAUCAACAUGGUGUCAGUAGAAAUGCAAAUGUGGGUGAAAUGGGUGAAGUAGGUGAAGCGAUGGAGGAUGUCAAUAUGGAUAAGGUAUUACGUGUCUUCUUUAAUGUGGUGUAUGUUGAGUCUAAUUGUUGAGAGUGCUUAUACGUGUUAUGUGGCUUUAUUCCCUUGUUAUUGUUAUGUAGUGAUUUCCCUGUUUAGCUCAAGAUGAAGUACAUGACUCCCAAUUUCUUUGUGACAAAAAUUGAUAUUAGUUAUUCUACUAUUUCAUUGACAGCAAUGGCUCGACCACCAACCAACCGAGAAUUUCUUAUCUUGUGGCAAGCAAUGAGACGACGUAGAGUGAAAUCCUUAAUUAUGUUAUACUUUCUUAUGCUUAUGUUGAUGAUUUUUAUUAGGAGACGUAGACGUAGUAUAUUUAGGGAGCCUUCUUGGUUUGAUCCAAUUAUCCGAUCAACACAUUUGAGUAAUAUGAUAGAUAGAAACGACACAUUAUGCAUAGAGCAACUUCGAAUGGAUAGACGUUGUUUUAGAGUUGUAUGCUCUUUGGUGCGAGAUAUUGGUGGAUUAAAAGAUACUAAGAACAUGAGUGUAGAAGAAAUGGUUGCAAUCUUUUUGCAUAUAAUUGGUUAUGAUGAGAAAAAUCGUGAAAUGAAGUUCUACUAUCAUCGAUCUCAAGAGACAAUAAGUAGACAAUUUCAUAAUGUUUUGAGAGCAAUUUUAAAGCUUUGGAGAGUGUUAUUAAAGACCCCUCAACCGAUCUCUGACGACUGUACAUAUAAGAGGUGGAAAUGGUUCAAGAAUUGCAUUGGUGCUUUAGACGGAACUUAUAUAAAAGUAAAUGUUCGUACUGUUGACAAGCCACGAUAUCGAUCUAGAAACAGGGAUAUUGCAACAAACGUUCUUGGUGUUUGCGGACCAGACAUGCAAUUUAGCUACGUAUUAGCCGGUUGGGAAGGCUCGGCUGCAGAUGGAAGGGUACUUCGGGAUGCUCUUUCACGACCAAACGGCCUUAAGGUUCCUCGUGGUUGUUAUUAUCUUGUUGAUGCUGGAUACAAGAAUUGUGAAGGGUUCCUUGCUCCAUACAGAGGGCAACGUUACCAUUUACAAGAAUGGUCUAAUCCACCAACUAAGAAGGAGGAACUUUUUAAUAUGAAGCAUGCAUCGGCAAGGAAUGUGAUUGAAAGAACUUUUGGGUUGCUAAAAAUACGAUGGAGUAUAUUAAGAAAUCCAUCUUAUUAUUCAAUCCAGACGCACACCGACAUAAUUUUAGCAUGUUGUUAUCUACAUAGCCUCAUAAGACAACAAAUGAGCUACGAGCCAUUGAAAAGGAGUUGGAUGAAUAUAUGCGAACCCAUUGACCAGAUAUCAAUAACAUUAAUGUUACAGAAACAUCUACCCAUUGGACUCGAUGGAGAGACCAACUAGCUAAAGAAAUGUGGGAUGAAUGGAAGGCAAGACGACGUAGAAUGAUAAAUUGUGAUACUACUAAUAGUUUAAAAAGAAGGUUAUCAUGAUCUGUUUACGUUAUCUGCUUAAGUGUGAACUAUUUGUUGAGAACGUCUUGCAGUUAUUAUAUUUGAACUCGUGUUUGUGUUGUA